GUUUCGGCGGUGACGGCCGGCGGAAAAUUCUCUCAGUUCUUCUACCUGGCCAGCCCCAGAGCUCAGCUGGGAACCCGUGGGAUCUCCGCUGUCCCUCCCUCCCGGCUUUUUAGGAUCCGAGUUUCUAGACCCUUUGCCCGGCGAUUCAGAACGGAAGUGGUGGUCGUUGUCUCUGGUCCACUCGGUGGGGAUCCGGAUGGCUUUCGUGCAGAUCCGAGCAGCCAAGGAGGGAGACUGUGGAGACAUCCUGAGGCUCAUUCGGCUCCUGGCUGGACAUACACCCAGGUCGUCUCUCUGUGUCUUCAUCCCUCCAAUCUCUGUAGCCCUUAGAGCAGAUGGCUUUGGAGAGAAUCCUUUCUAUCACUGUUUGGUAGCAGAGAUUCUUCCAGCACCUGGGGAGAGACAGGGGCCCAGCAUUGUGGGCUAUGGACUAUACUACUUUAUCUACAGUACAUGGAAGGGUCGAAACGUUUAUCUGGAAGAUGUCUAUGUGAUGCCAGAAUAUCGGGGUCAAGGGAUUGGUUCCAAAAUAAUCAAAAAGGUGGCUGAGGUGAGCAGAGAAAGGGGAGCUACAAUCCAGGCCCUGAAAAGGCCAGAAUAUGUGGCCCUGGAUCAGGGUUGCUCCCAGUUCCGCCUAGCAGUUCUGGAGUGGAACAAGAGGGCCAUCGACUUGUAUAAGGCCCUCGGAGCCCAAGAUCUGACCCAAGUGGAGGGCUGGCAUGCCUUCUGCUUUGAAGGGGAGGCAAUGAGGAAGUUGGGAGGAAAGUGAUGCCAUUCCUUGGGGACCUCUUUCCACUGGAACAUCUCUGUCCCCACCUGCCCAAGCACGCCUCAGAGACAUUGACCUACAGGCCUCCUAGAGGAAGAAUCCUGGAGGACAGAAAGCAGAAUUGAAGGAGAGGCCUUACUAAGGGUGACAAAUAAAUGAGAAUCACCUGUGUCCUGA